GAUACGUAAAAACAUUUACACAUCUUUUAUAUUUCCUAAAUAUUUCAAUUUAAAUACGGAAAAAUGAUUUGAAAUAAUUAUUCAUAAAUUUUAAAAAUUGAUAAAAAAUGACUGAUGAACGAAAUUUUCGUUCAUCUUAUUAUGAAAAGGUAGGAUUUCGUAGCGUUGAAGAAAAAAGAUCAUUGGAAAUAUUACUUAAAGAACAUCCUUUUGACAAAGCAAAACUGAAACAGUUCUGCUUACGAUUUACAGUUCCUGCUAUAUAUAGAAAUUUUCUUUGGAAAGUAUUACUGGAUAUAAUACCAAUUUAUGUAGAAAGUCAUGAAUUUAUAAUAAAUCAAAGAAAAGCAGAAUUUCAGGAUCUACAAAAAGCUUUAAAAAUUGCAAAGAUUUUAGAUGAUUAUACGAAACCUCAUUUAAUGUUUCUCACUAUGUGGUUAUUACGUACUAGAAGAGCAAAACUUGAUAUGAAUACUCAAUUAGAAUUUCCUCUACAUAGAGCAAUGAACAGAAUGGCUGAAACACUGUGGCACAUUAUUGACAUAGAUUCAUAUGAAGAAAAGCUUGUAGAUACAUAUUGGAUUUUAUGUGGAUUUUUAGAUCAAGUACAAAGAUUUCAUAAAGAAAUUAAUAGAUUACAAGAAUGUACUUGUACUUUGUUGGAAAGAGAAGAUCCAGAAUUGUACAAGCAUCUUGUUAAAAUAGAAGCGCUUUAUAAUAUUCCAUAUGAUAUUUGGUUUUCUUCAUGUUUUGCAGGAACAAUAUCCAAUGGUUCUAUUGCAAAAAUAUGGGAUAAAAUAGCUGUAGGUGCAUAUAGAAUUUUAAUCUUUGUUACUGUAGUUACUUUAACAACUCUAAGAAGACUUCUAAUGAGAUGUGAAAAUAUUGAUGGUAUUUUAGAUACAAUUGCUAAUAUAACGGAAGAAACUUCUGAAGUAAUUGUUAACAAAGCAAUUGAAUCUUGGCAACAGAGUGGUUCAAUAUUAACAACUAUUUCAUAAAAUAUUUAAGAAUAUUUUAUAAGCAAAAUUGUAGUAAAAUAUCGAAAUACGAUCAUAUUAUAAAAUAAUUAUAUGAAUAUUAAAUUUAAUUAUUUUCAAAUAAAUAUAAGUAUU